UGCUUGCAAAGAUUUACCACACCAGUCUGGUAAGAGUCCGCCAAGCAGACCAACGACAGUCACACACACAGACACGCUCAUCCAUCCAUCCAUGCACACAUGCGCACACACCAAGCAGGCACCAUCCAUCCAUCCCUCCAUCGGUCCGUCCGUCCGUGUGUAAUGUAAUGUAGGUGAUGUGAUGUGAUGUAUCUCUGCACGGACUCGUAGCCGCACCACAACUCGCCUGCCUCCUCUACUGAUACAACACCACACCACACCACCCGCACAGCCAUCACGCACAUCCACUCUCCUCCUUCGGUCAAUCAGUCAGGCAGCCAGUCAGGCAGCAGAGGUGGAAAAAUGUCAGCACCACACCAGGACACGACACACACGAUCACUCAGGUGUCUGUCGUGGGAUAAUGGGUGGGGGUGGGGAAAGAAAGCCUAGGUGACUAGCUGGCUGGUGGGUGGCCAUCGGUGGGGUGGGUGGAACAAAACCUGUGUUCUUCCUGCGUGUGCGUUAAAACGUGCGUGUGUUGGCUGGCAUGGGUCGAGUCCCUCUCCUGUCUCUUCUGUCUGUCUGUUGUGGGCUUCGCCGAUCGCCGACGCCCCGAACCGCGUGACGGCCAUGUGCAGUGUCGGAUGGUCGACCGGCACAUGUCCAUCACGACGUCUGAGGACAUCAUCAACUGGUGAAACCACACGACGACCAAGCAGUAUACAUACAAGGAAUGCCAUUUCCGUCAGAAGGGCCUCUUUGUCUGUCUGUCUGCCUGUCUGUCUGUCUGCUUGCAGCCAUCCACCAACACACGCACGCCUCGUGUGUGUGUGUGACGGACGGACGGGCCGGCCAAUCCCACGCCCCUUCCUCCCUCCUCGAUUGACGAAAAAAAUGAUCAAAGAACACGCGCAGCGACGACGAAGCGAUGCACAACAUAGGCACGUCACGGCACAGCACGACACGACACGGCACCUCACGGCACCUCAUGGAAGAUACGCACAUCAUACGAUCGGUUGUUUGCACAUCGUCAAAACACCAUCAGACACCCACACAGACGGACGGACCGACGGACGGACAGACAGCUUUUCCCUCUUAGUAGUACACUUCGCCCUUUCUCUCCUCUCCCCUCUGUCUUCAAGUCAGUCAGGCAGUCAGUCGGUCAGUCAGUUGGCUAUCGUGCGUGGCUAGGUAGCCCUCGGGCUCUCAAACAGUCUUGCUUACAGUCAGUCAUGAGGUGUACCUGUCUGUCUAUCUGUGUCUUCGCGAGGCGGCCUUGAUGUGAGGGGGCGGCGGGAAGAUCCUGCGCAGCUUCUUCACCGACCUGCACCGCACCCAUCACACAACGGACAGAGAUCACACGGAUGGGACGAGGCAUCCAUCCCCGUCUGUCUGUGUGCAUGUGUCUGCAUGUGUGUGUGUGUGUGUGUGUGAGGGACAUACUUGAAGUAGGACUGCACUAGCUCCUCCCACUCGUCCUGCAGGGCCUUCUUCAUCUGGGACACACCAACACACCAACCAACCAACACACCACACCGCCACACAACGACCAGUGAGCCCAGCAGCUGCGGCUGUCUGCGGCUGUCCUCUCCUGGCUUCCAUCAAGUGUGUGUAUGUAAUGCGAUGAGAUGGGUGCAAUGCAUGGGCGACAAAAAACCUCUACAUGGAUGGAUGGUUCGUGUGUCGAUAUACACACGCAUCCCUUCUCAUCUCCUCUCCUCUCCUACUCUCGAUGUGUGAACGUGGUGUGUGUGGUGCCGUGUCGUGUUGUAUGUGUGUAUGUGUGUGUGUGUGUACCGUACCCAGUGUCUAGUGAGGGUGCGAUCACCGUUCCACAUGUCACACAGGCAGAAGUAAUCCAAGUCACCCUAAUCAAUGACGGACGGACGGACGAGGAAGGGAAGAACGCCGAGACCACAAGGGCGGUGGACGAGAUGGGAUGAGAUGAGCAGAGACAGAUGAGAAGAGACGAGGAAGGGUACAUGCCAAACCACAGCACAGCACAGCACAGCAGCAGAGGGGAAACAGUGAGUACAGUGAGUGACUACGCACAGAGCUAGCUACCGUGCUACUGUUCUACGGCGGCCAUGACUAAUACCUCCAUCCCAACCUAACUGCCCGUCUCCCUACCUCCCUGCCUGUCUGCCUGGCUGACCGCCCUCCGUCCCUCACUCACCUCUUCCUUUGAGACGGUAUGGAACUCCUCGAUGAGGUCCUUGCGCACCCGGUGCUUCACACUAAGGCGGUAGGUCUGCAGCCAGUCACCAUCCUCGCCGCCACUGCCACCACCGGCCCCGCCCAGACCCAGAACCAGCCCGUUGGACGCACUGCUGGACGAGGGCACUGCCUCCAGCUCCAUGCUGUCGCUGUGGUGGCCAUUGUGGUAUCCGUUGGUGUGGCCGUUGCUGCUGGUGCCGGGCGCCAGGUAUGACGGUGGGAUCUGCGCCGGCAGGGGAUGCGGCAGCAGACGAGCGAACUGGAGCACCUCCGUCAUCCUGAUUGACAGAUGCCAACGAUAUGCGCAGGGAGGGAGGGGAGGGAGGGAGGGAGGGGAGGAUAGUGUGUGUGCGUAAGGUAAGUGUCGUUGUCGACCGACCGAGUGGCCUGCUGUUUGGUUUCCUUCAUGUUGAGAACGAGGCAGUCGAUGGUAGGAAUGGAGCCCGUCGCGUCGCCCUUGCCCGCAUCCGGAUUCACCUUCUUCUGCACCAUAAAUGGGACGGACGGACAGACACCCACACAGACCAGACCAUACAGGAUGGGAUGCAAAGCAUAGACGAACUUUCGUCGUGUUGUUGUGUGCCGCUCACUGACUGACCAUCUUACGCCCCUCGCUCCUGCCCAUAGACCGUUUCCCUCGCCCCCCGCGCAACGACAUCCCCGACCGACCGGUGCCGUGGUGGCUCGCACCACCACCAACGCCAACGCCCCCGCCCCCAGCGGCUGCUGCCGCACUACUGCUACUGGCCCCGCCGCCAUCCCUGCCCCUCGCCCGGCUCCUGGUGCUCAUGGCCACGUCCCUGGCGGCCACCGCCGGCACGCCGCUGUCGAUGUCCAUGCCAUCACCCACACUCAGCCGGCGCUUCUGGCUCCGGCGGGACAUGCCACCAGACGCUGCACUUGCCGACGCGGCUGCGGCUGCCGACGAUGCUGCACCAGGGACGCCGUUGGGCAUCAUGAGUCCGGCCAUGAGCACGUCGGACUCCUCCGACUGCUGGCGCUCGGCAGCCGACCGCGUCCAGCGUCUGCUGCUGUCGCGCGGGGGCCGCCCGCCACUCGAGGCCCCCGUGUCGUUGAGGGCGUUGUGGAGGGCGCGGGUGCGGUUGCGCGUGCGGUCUAGGGGGAGCUCCGGCUGGAAGUGGCCGUUGGUGAGGCCCAGGCCGCUGCUGGCCGGGAAGGCCGCUGAUGCCGAGCUGGGAACCUCUGCCCCUGGGGGAGGGGGGUAGAGUGCGAGAGGGGACACGAGGUUGCGAUCGAUGGCUAGCUUGACCGUAACGACGUCACGCAGCUGGACGAACGCCGGGGCAGGGUCUUCGACGCCCAUCUGGUGGAUGGAUGGAUCACACACACAGCACAGAGGGACGGGGAGGGGAGGGAGGGGGAGGGCGAGGGGGAAAGACGUGUCUCAUGGUGUGGUGGUGUUGCGCUCUGUGGGUUGGUGUUACCUGCCCGACGUCGGGAUCGUCCAGGGUCUGCUGAUAGAUCAGCUGCAACAACUCCAUACCAACUCCUGCACACACAACACAACACAACACAAUGCCGCUCUCCCAUCCCCGUCUCCGUGCAGUGAGUGCAUCGCACUGACUGACCUUUUCUCUGAUAGUGCGGGAAGAUGAGGAACUGCGAGAGGCGGCGGCGGCUGCUCGGGAGGCUCCAGAAGGUGUAGGUGGUGGCAAACCCGCAGAGGCUCAGGCACCCCGGCCGCCCGCUCGACGCACGGGGUCUCAGCUUGCGGCUGUGGGACGGGUAGUCGACGCCGCCAGGCGACGUCAGGGGCCGCUUGUAGGCGACGUACACGUGCCACCGCUCAUCCUGGUCGAUCUCCGAGAUGCCGUCGAUGAACCAGUGCAGGAACCACUCCAUCCGCCGGUGGAGCGACUUGAACUCGCUAUCGUCGAAGGUGCACCGUCUCACCUCGAUCUGCUCGUCCCCCGCCCCCGCCGUGUGCCCCAACACCCCCACCCGCUCCCCUGGCGGCAGGAAUGGCCACCCACGGGUCGUCCGACACUCGAGCUUGGCCACGAAGUCAUGCUCCGAAGGGCAGAACCCGCCCGGGAAGGCCACGUUGGUGAGGCAGGCCAUGACGCGCUCGCGGGAGGCCUGGAAGGACGGGCUCUCGCCCUCCACCUUCACGAACAGGUCGAAAGUGUCCGGGAUGUAGUAGAUGCGGACUGCGAGCUCCUCGAACCCCAUAAUGACCUGGUCGGUGUCGAAGAAGUGGUGGGCGAAGGAGGGCGAGAAGGUCACCGGCGGCUUGCGAUAGUCGUCUAGGCACUCGCAGGGGUGGAAGAAGACGCUAGAGAGGGCGUUGACGCGCAGCGAGCGGGUGCCGACGCGACCUUCGAGCCUCUGUUUCUUGGAUGACGGCUCCCCCAUGCUACUGGGGUUGCUCGACGCCCCCUGGUGGCGGCGUGAAGAUGACGAAGAGGUGAUGGGCAGUCGGAGCGGCUCAGAAACGGAAGGGGAAGUGCCCUCGGCCGGCUGGGGGUGAGCUCGGGUGCUCCGGCGCGGCCAUACACGAUCUAGUAACCCAGUUAACAUCGUACACCAUCCGCCAGCCGAUGCGAGCUCACUCCACUCGGAUCGGGGUCGGCAAAAUCGCCUCAAAAUUCAGUAAUUGUUGACGAAUCGUGGGGAAUACGCAUAGCUCUCUGGUAUGCCCUUACUGUUCCC